CUCAGCUGGACCUCAUUUCACUAAUUGACGUUCCCGCCAAGAGGACGAGGACGGCGAGUUAAGCGCAGGAAGCUGCUCUUUCAUCUAAGUUGGCCAUUUACCUUCUUCGACACGUGGCAAUGACUUCAGCGUAUUCACAGGAGAGUAAGGCCUUUGAGUUUGGUGACCUGGUCAAAGUGCUUCACCUCCUGGUUCUGUCCUUCACCUUUGGCAUGCAGAUCUGGGUCUCCUACAUCUCAGGUUAUGCGUUGUCUCGGCAGGUAACCCGGAACACUUUCGCCGUGGUGCGGAGCAUGGUCUUCCCCGUGUACAACUACAGUCUGCUGUUGAGCAACAUCGCCCUCAUGGCCGCCUACGCCGUGUACCAACCGGAGGAGGACAGCGAUGGAGGUGGUCAGAUGGCCCUGUACUGCUCGGCUGUGGUCCUGUCGGGCCUGACCACCCUGUGGUGCGGCCCGCAGGCCACCGAGCUGAUGUUCCAGAUGAAGGAGGUGGAGCAGGAGCACGGCCUGGGCAACGAGAUCGGCCCGAGCAGCGAGGAGGAAGCUUACGAUAAACUCUGGGAGCGGGACCUCAAGUACAGGAAUUUCGGCCGCACGUUCCUCAUCUACAACACCAUAACCUCCGUCUGCAACCUGACCGGCAUCAUCUGCACCAUCACAAACCUGGUCUACAAAGCGCUGAAGCUGUCCUCCAUCUAGAGAGGGAGGUUUCAAUGCAGUGUUUAUGGAGCUGAAUUCGCCCCACCUAAAUAUUUAAG